UCGAUAAAUGGGAAAUUUUUUGUGAAACAAACCAUAUUACAAAGUGUUGUUUUAAUAAAAUAUAUUCGAGAUAUAGUAUCUUGUGAAUUAUGUAAAGUAUUUUAUGUGAUGUCCAUUCUGAAAGAUCGACGGCCAGAUAACCCUAAAAUCCUAUCGGGGCCGGUUCUAACGAACUCGCCUAAUGCUGUGUUAUCAAAAACAUUGCUAAGCCGGUACCAAGACCUACCACUGCCAGCUGAUAAAAUAAUUGCCACAUACAUUUGGGUAGAUGGCACUGGAGAGCACUUGCGAUGCAAGGACCGUACCAUCGGAUUCAUUCCAAAGCAACCAAAAGACAAAUUGACAAGGAUAUUGGAAGCGAUGACCGAGAACUGUCUGUAUGAAGCACACACCCGUAGCAGUUCCAUGUAUACUGUAAAAUAUUGCUCUCCGUUUUUUAACCCUAAAGACUUAGAGAGUGAAUUCGAUUUCCAAUGCAAGUGGCUGGAACGGACAAAUAAGCGCUCUUUUGAUGAGAAUUUAAAAGAUCUUCCGGAGUGGAAUUUCGACGGAAGUUCCACUGGACAAGCUGAAGGCCACAAUGCCGAUACCUACCUUACUCCGAGGGCUAUUUACAAGGAUCCCUUCAGACGAGGAAACCACAUCCUUGUUAUGUGUGAUACCUAUAAAUACAACAUGAAACCUACUGAAACAAACAACCGCAUUAAAUGCCAAGAAGCGUACGACCAAUGCGAGGACGAGGAGCCAUGGUUCGGGAUUGAACAAGAGUACAUUCUCCUGGACGCAGACCUUCGGCCCUUCGGAUGGCCUCCUGGCGGCUGCCCACCCCCUCAGGGACCUUACUACUGCGGCGUCGGGGCCAACAAAGUGUUCGCUAGGGAUCUUGUCCAGGCUCACUACAUUUGCUGUCUGUACGCUGGUGUGCCGAUUUCUGGCACAAACGCGGAAGUGAUGCCAUCUCAAUGGGAGUUCCAAGUUGGUCCAUCUGUGGGUGUGACCGCUGGCGAUGAUCUUUGGAUAGCGCGUUACUUAUUACACCGUUUGGCUGAGGAGUACGGUGUUAUUGUAACCUUUGAUCCCAAACCUGUAGCUGACUGGAACGGCUCUGGCGCACACACUAACUUCUCCACGAAGAAAAUGAGAGAAGAGAACGGUAUUAUUGAAAUCGAGAAGGCGAUAGACAAGCUGUCCAAGGUGCACAUGAAGCACAUCAAGGUGUACGAUCCUCGCGGAGGCAAAGACAACGAGCGCCGUCUCACCGGUCUGCACGAGACCGCCAGUAUUAACGACUUCAGUGCAGGAGUCGCAAAUCGCGGCUGCAGUAUCAGAAUACCGCGUGCAGUGGCCGAAGAAAAGAAAGGCUACCUGGAGGACCGUCGACCAGCAUCCAACUGUGAUCCUUACUCUGUCAUCGAUGCACUCAUGCGCACCUGCAUAUUGAAUGAAUAACAUGAAAGUGAUAGCAAUGCCGCCUUUAAACGCGUUAGCUAGCGCCUUCCCACUUGAUAUGUCUCGGAAAUUUCCUAUAGAUUUACAUGAAUCUACGAGGAGUAACGCACAUAUAUUUAAUAUUAGACUUGUAUUAAUUUUUAUACAUUUUUUGUAACUCUGAUCAAUUAAAGGUGUUCCAUAAUUUAAUAGGUAUAUAGAAAUAUAGUAUAUGUAAAUAAUAUUUCUUUUAUAGAUGACAUAUUAGACUAUUGAAGCAUCUCCAUACAAAUGCACAAUUUUUUUUAAAUCUAAGAUCAUAAAACAUUCCAAGGGCAGCUUAUGUGCUAGGUUAGAGACUAGCGUGUUAAAGGUAGCGUAUAAUCGGACCACAUAAGAUAUUAUAAAUAAUUAUAGAGGAUAUUUUACGAAUAUUAUGUGAUAUUUAAAGGUUAAUUAUUAUUGUUAUUUUCAUAUCAUAGUCUACGCAUAAUAAUCACAUGAAAUAUUAUCGAACAAUUUUAUCAUGUCGUCUUAUAUCAAGUUAGGCUUAGUUUAGAAUAUUGUCAUAUAGCUUAGAAAAAUUAAGUGGUACACACAAUUUAUUAAUUCAGGAAUUUAGUAAUUCUGGUGGUCAUCUAUAAAAACUUCUUAAUAACUAUUCUGUGCUAUACAAACAGGACUUUCUUAAUCUUCCAUUUUCUAUUACAUUGUAUCAGUAUUACCUGUUUCCGAUACGGUUCUGCUUAUUUCUGGUAGUAGAAAUUUUAUUCGUGUUAUUAUUGUAUAACUACACCGUAAUACAAAUUUUACAUAUCUUGAAAGAAUUUGCAUAAAAUGCUUAUAAAUAUUUUGCAUGGCCAUUGUUAGUGUAAUUUUAUUUAAAUAAUAAACAAGGAAUUGAAUGAAACAUUUUUAUUUAAAAAAUGU